UAUUACUAUCCAUUGAUCUAAUUACUACAUACUAGUAUAUAUUACUCCAUUGCCUGUCUGCCUGUUAUAUAUCUUAGAUCAGCAGGGCGUCCGUCGAUAUUAAUUUACUACUCUGCCAUAUUAAAGUGGACUGUCUGUCUUGGCGUCCUGUCUUCCCCUGAUAGUCCCAGAAACGUCGCACAGCCAAGCACACCACCGCCAGCAUGUCAUUCUCCGGCCGUCGUGUGAGCAUUCUGCGCCCCUCCGAAUCUAAUAGGCGCUUUUCGACCACCAAAGAUCUUUCCCAGAACGAACAACAGUCCCAGACACAUCGUGACUUCCGUUCUGCCCACGAGGGCCACAAGCCUCAUGCCGGCCUCGAUGCUUCUCGAGCUUCCACCGGUGUGAUCUGGUGUACAGAGCGCGCCAACGAAUACGGUUUCUCAGAGCGCCCGUCAGAAUGGGCUAAUCUUGGCCAGGGCGCUCCUGAAGCCGACGACGACAUCGUGGGAAGCUUCCCUCGCCCAACGUCCAUCCCAAUCGACUCGGCGUCUCGUGAAUACGGUCCCACUGCUGGUAUCAAACCUCUGCGCGCAGCGGUCGCGCGGCUGUACAAUGAGCAGUACCGACAAGGCAAGGACAGCCAGUACACCUGGGAAAAUGUGUGCAUUGUCCCUGGUGGUCGCGCUGGAUUGAUCCGUAUCGCCGCUAUUCUGGGAAAUGGAUAUCUGUCUUUCCCCAUUCCCGAUUACACUGCCUACUCUGAGAUGCUGUCUCUCUUCAAGAAUUUCUCACCCAUACCCAUCCCAUUGGCGGAGAAUGACCACUACCACAUCCACCCCGAUAAGAUCGCAGAAGAGAUCGCUCGAGGUACAUCAGUUAUCUUGACCUCCAACCCGCGCAACCCGACUGGUCACGUUGUUGCAAACCCAGAGCUUGCUCGUAUCCAGGACAUCUGCCGUGGUCGUGCUACACUCAUCUUGGACGAGUUCUAUGGAGGAUACAACUACACCACCAACUGUGAUGGAACGACACUAAGUGGCGCAGAGAAUGUCAUUGAUGUUGAUCAGGACGAUGUCCUGUUGAUCGACGGUCUUACCAAGCGAUUCCGUUUGCCUGGAUGGCGUAUUGCUUGGAUUGUUGGCCCUAAGGAAUUCGUUGACGCACUUGGUUCAGCCGGCUCGUACCUCGAUGGCGGUGCAAAUGUGCCCUUCCAAGAGGCUGCAGUUCCUAUGCUCGAACCGUCGCUCGUGAAGAAAGAAAUGAUAGCCCUUCAAGAACACUUCCGAACCAAGCGUGAUUACGUGGUUGGCCGUCUCCGCGAGAUCGGGUUUCCGAUGAAGGAUGUCCCAGACGCCACCUUCUACAUCUGGUUGGAUUUGACUUCCAUCCACCCUCCGCUGCCUGAGAGUGCCAACAUUUCCGAUGGGCUGAACUUUUUUAACGCCCUCCUGAAGGAGAAGACUAUUGUUGUCCCUGGUAUCUUCUUCGACUUGAACCCGGCUAAGCGUCGUGAUCUCUUCGACAGCCCUUGCCAUCACUUUGUGCGCUUGAGUUACGGUCCCAAGAUGGAGCACCUCAAGAAGGGUCUUGAUGGUAUUGAGCGUGUUAUUCGCCGCGCAAGAGGCGAGAAUAUUGGUCCUACGCUAGAAGACGAAGUUGCCAUUGAGGACUAAAUGUGAGUUUAGCUACGUAUCUAGAGUAAGCGAGUCAUGCACAUCGGGCAGUAUCUAGAAUGGGAUGGACAAUAUAUUUUAGACCUUGCUAUAUUUCGAAGCAUAAUUACUGAUGUAGAUAAAUUUAUUAUUUAUAUUAAUAUUAUAAUAUAUGGC